GCCACAUACUAUAACAUAUAAUUUUGUAGGCCACAUUCUAAAGGUAGGCCACAUACUUUAACGGUACCACAUAAUUAUGGAACUACUGUUUUCCAUGUCUCCUACAUAAGGAUAACUAUUACUGAAAUGAUCAAGGUAUGAAGAAACGAAAAUUAAUGUGGACGAAGCGGUCUGGGAACUUUUAUAACAUCUCUUCAGUCAACAGAAGAAGAAGAAGAAGAAGAACUAACAACAACCCAAGACAAGACGUCUGUCUAGUGGACUCUGUAGGACCCGACAUCCCAAAAUCAAACUUGGUUCGUGUGUGUUAGUGGAACACUGAAGAUGUGAUAAAGGCAAUAUUUCUAUAAGGGUUCCUUUCUGUUGCAUUUGCCAUUGUAAAAAAAAAAGGGAUUAACAGUAGUGUUGUAAUGCUGUAAAAGUGAUAAAGAGUGCUUACAGAAAUUCCUUUGAAUUGUGUGCACUUAUUUCCAUGCAUCAUUAGUCAUUCGUCAUGUCACUUAAUUGUUAUUUGCAAAUUACUUUUAGAUUGUUUAGUAUGUUGCGUACUAUUUAGUUUAUGGAAAGUUUAAGUAUGUAUUGUUUAUUGGUCAUCCAUAAUAUUAUUGUAUAGAAAAAUAAUGGAUUUGUAUAUCUUCAGUCGUUUCUUAUAUAUAAUAUACCAUUACUACAUUUAACUCGGAAUGUUUUGAAUUUAUUAUAUAUUGUUAUAGGAUGUGUUUGGUUAUCCAGUUCUGUUUCAUUAAUGCAACGACAGUUACUUGCGUAUAUUAACCUUUAGCAGUUGUAAAUUUGUAAAGCUGGCUAAUACCAGAGAUAAUGCUAGGUGGUUAAUACCAGUGAUAAUGCUGGGAUACUUGUUAAGAUGGUCAUUUACAAAUAGUGAGCAUGUCUUUGUUGCUAUGUAGUUUGAGUGAGGAUUUUUUGUAAUUUACUGUACUUAAAAAGAGUAAUUCAUAGUAUUUUCUGCAUAGAUUAAAUACUAAAUUUUUUAAAUUUUAAAGAUGGAGCUGGUAGAAUGUGAGGCAAUCUUUGAAGAAAACCCCGAUGUGCCAUUUCAGUGCUCUCUAUGUGGGAAGGCCUUCCCGGAACAGGACUCCCUUGAAAGCCACACUUGUGCACAUUCCAACGAAAAGGUUUAUGAAUGCUCAGUGUGUGGUAAACUGUUUGCUCGAAUAAGAUAUCUUAAUGAGCACAUGUUAAUUCAUUCUGGAGAGAAACCUCAUGGUUGUUCAGUGUGUGGUAAAAAAUUCCGUCUGAAGAGCACCCUCAGGCGUCACAAACUCGAACACACAGGCCAAAAGCAAUUCAAGUGUGAAAUUUGUGAGAAAACUUUUGCAUUUUCAAAUGACCUAAGGAUUCACACAGUAGUUCACACAGGAGAGAAGCCUUUUAUUUGUCCUAUAUGUGGUAGUACAUUUAGUCAGAAGAGUUCUUUAACAAGACAUUUGGCCAGGCAUUCUGGUGAGAACUCUUUUGAAUGUCCUGAGUGUGGCAAGUCAUUUACCCGAAACAGUAGCCUUGAAGAUCACAUGUUGAAUCAUACAGGUAAGAAAAAAUUUGAAUGUUCAGUUUGCAAGAAGUGGUUUAAACGUAAAAGCUCUCUCGGAAGACACAUGCAGAUACAUUCUGAUUUGAAACCAUUUGAAUGCUCACAUUGCGAAGAAUCAUUUCCAACUGCAGGCCUGUUAAAGUCUCACAUGGUUUGUCAUAGGCAACUACAUUGUGAUAUUUGUCAAAAAGUCUUUAAAAAUACAAGUUCACGUAAAACACACAUGCUAAUUCACAUUGGUGAGAAAAAAUUCCAAUGCAGCGAGUGUGGUAAACAUUUUCUUCGUAAAGAUUUGUUGAAAACUCACAUGAUGAUUCAUACAGGUGAGAAAAAUUUUCCCUGUCCUGAAUGUGGGAAAUUGUUUGCUCAAAGUGGUGACAUGAAAAAGCAUUUGGUUGUCCAUAGUGAAAAUAGGUCCUUUGUUUGUGAGGCCUGUGGCAAGUGUUUCAAGCACUUAAGAAGCCUCCAAAAUCAUCGCCUUACCCAUUCUGAUGUGAAACCAUACAAGUGUUCUGUUUGCGAAAAGUCUUUUACAAGGAGAGCUGGUGUCAAAAAACAUGAGAAGUUACAUUCUAAACGUGGUUAUGCAGCCCAACAUCGCAGCACUGAUAAUGAUUCUGAAACGUUGCAAGAUGAUUCCGAACAAUCUAACAAUGAUUCAGACGGAGGAUUUGAGGAGAGUCAUUCAGAGCAUUUAAAUAGAGAAGAUGGCUUAGAAGUGGGACAGUCGACUCUAAAUGAUAGUCCUGAGGAUACAGGUGAUGAAACUGCUAAAGACACACGUAAUUGGAAAUGGACGCAUGAAGAGAGUGAAAAAGAAAUCAGACCUUCAGUUGUAAAAGAGGAAGUAUGUGAGAAAGAUGAGUGGGAAGAAAAUUACAUUAACAUUGACUUAAUACAAGUGAAAAGUGAAAAUUCAAGCUGAUAUUUGUUAUUUUAAUGGAGAUAUUGUGAAACUUCUUAAUAUAGCUAAAUUAUUACUUCCAUAAACCUUUAUUACUAUGGGCUUCAGAGACCUUGCAAGCACGUUUUUUGGCAAUAACUCUUAACGAACACUCGUAUC